AUGUCUACUAAUAACAGUCUACCUCAACACGAAGAUGUUUAUGAUCAUUAUCUAUUUGAAAAUGAAAAGCAUUUUCAGGCAGGUAAUGGAGGGAAACAACGUACAAAAGUUGAAGUUGCAUUAAACUCAAAUCGACAAGAGUCCAAUGGACAAAACAGAAAAAUCGUGACAUUAAUGGCGAACACGGAAAAAAAUCGUAAUAGUAGUAAAUGA